CUCUUUCAAUAUUUAUUGUUUAUUGGUAGUCAGUGACAGGCUGUACUUCAGAACAGACGUUUAAUAAGAAUAAGUUAAGAAAACAAGAUGUCUGCGAAAACAGUGCCACCGCCGCUGAUACAGGACCGUAAGUUUGUGGUACCCCUGCUGUGUGGUCCAGGACCUUGCGCCUACUGGCCUUCUGUCACAGAAGCCCUUGCCAAACCCGUGAUCACCCCCAACUGCGAUGAAUUCUACAAUGUUUUGGACGACAUUCGUGCUGGUUUACAGUACGUCUUCCAAACUAAGAGCAAGUUGGUGUUAGCUAUGAGUGGGGCUGGUCAUUCAGGGAUGGAAGCGGUGAUCAGCAACCUGGUAGCCCCAGGAGAAACCCUGCUCGUCGCGUCGAGGGGAAUGUGGGACCAACGUGCUAUAAUAAUCGCCAACCGAUUAGGAAUAAAAACUGAAAUAACCAGUGUUCCUAGCAACACGACAUUUUCUAUGGAACAACUGGAGUCAGAACUAAAGAGGACGCGUCCAGAGGCAAUGUUCAUCACAUUUGGAGACUCAUCGACGGGAACCAUACAGAAUAUUGAGCGCUUGGGAGACAUUUGUCACAAAUAUGGAGCUCUACUCCUAGUGGACACCGUGGUUUCCCUCAUUGGGGUGGAGUUUCUUAUGGACGAGUGGGGAGUGGACGCGGUAUUCUCGGCAACACAGAAAGCGUUUAGUGGACCAGCUGGGAUCGCUCCCGUAGCGUUCAGUGCUCUUGCAGAAGAAAAAAUAAAUAACAGGAAACAUGAGCCAUCAUUUUACUUCGAUAUCAAACUGCUGGCAAAUCAGUGGAACUGUUACGGUGAUACAAGAACGUACCACCACACUCUCUGCCCGCCUAUGCUGUGGGCUCUCCGUUGCUGUCUCCAGGAGAUUGUCAAGGAAACCCUGCCGGUCUCCUGGGCCCGUCAUGCUUCCAGCACGGCCUACUUCCACCAGCGCCUUCAGGAGUACUCCAUAGAACUCUUCGUUCCAAAGCCUGAGGAACGACUGAAUACAGUAACAACUGUCAUGUUGCCUGAAGGUUAUGAUCAUUUGGAGUUCCACAAUUACAUGAGGGAAAAGCACAACAUCCUGGUCCUCGAAGGUCGUGGCCCAACGCUGGGCAAAGCUAUUCGCGUUGGCAUCAUGGGCGUUAACGCCACGAAAGAAGUGGCCGACAAAGUAGCAGACGCCUUGGCUGACUCAAUACAAGCCCUAAAAAAAUAAUUGGACCAA